AUGGCGGCGAGGGAGAGCGGCGGGAUGGCGGCGGCGCGGUGCGCCGGGAGGAUCGGGGUCGUGGCCUCCGUGGCGGUGAACCUCGCCCUGCUCGCGAUGUACAUCCGCCGGCGCUACUUCGGCGGGGGCCGGUCCUCCGACAGGGAGAUCGUGCCCUCCAAAGGCAAGCCGCCGGUCACCCCGGACUCCGUCGUCAACCUCGACCACGGCGACCCGACCUUGUACGAGGAGUUCUGGCACGGGACGGGCGACCGCGCGACGAUCGUGAUCCCCGGGUGGCAGACGAUGAGCUACUUCUCCGACCUCCGCGGCUUCUGCUGGUUCGUCGAGCCCGGCUUCGUGCGCGAGGUGCGCCGCCUCCACCGCCUCGUCGGCAACGCCGUCGUCGACGGCUACUACUUCGUCGCCGGGACGGGAUCCACGCAGCUCUUCCAGGCCGCGCUGUACGCGCUCUCGCCCGCCGCAGAUGGCACGCCCAUGAGCGUCGUCUCGCCGGCGCCUUACUACUCGUCCUACCCAUCCGUGACGAACUUCCUCAGCUCUGCGCUCUACCGCUGGGAGGGCGACGCCAAUACGUUCAACGGCGACACCUGCAUCGAGCUCGUCUGCUCGCCGAACAACCCUGAUGGCAGCAUCCGGAAAGCUGUUAUCAAGUCCAACUCCGGGAAGACCAUUCAUGACUUCGCCUACAACUGGCCGCAGUACACCCCCAUCACUGAGGGAGCUAGCCACGACAUCAUGCUGUUCACCGUUUCCAAGUGCACUGGCCAUGCCGGCACAAGGCUAGGGUGGGCGUUGGUGAAGGAUGUGGAGGUUGCCCAGAAAAUGAUCAAGUUCAUGGAGCUGAACACCAUUGGUGUGUCCAAGGACUCGCAGCUUCGCGCUGCAAAGAUCCUCAAGGCUGUCUGUGAUGGCUAUGAGCUAUCGCCUGCUACUGAGGCAAACCGCCUCUUCCAUUUUGCUCAGCGAAAAAUGGCAGAACGUUGGAGCAAGCUUCGUGCUACCGUGGCAGCCUCAGCAGGCAUGUUUAGCCUCCCAAAUGGGCUCUCUGGCUACUGCACUUUUGCUAAGGAGAUUGUCACAGCCAAUCCUCCAUUUGCAUGGCUCCGUUGUCACAAGGAUGGUGUAGAAGACUUGGAGGCUUUUCUCCGUGAGAACAAGAUAGUUACUAGAGGUGGACCAAAGUUUGGUGUGGAUGAGAAGGUAGUGAGGGUCAGCAUGCUUGACACAGAUGAAGCCUUCAACAUGUUCAUCGGUCGUAUUGCCUCCUUAAAGUGAAGGCACAGAUAUCUUCAAAAUCACUGCGUGAUUGCAAGCAUGAGAAGCUAUUAAUGUUUGAUGAAAUGGAAAAUGUACCGGUCAAUUUCAACUUUUGCUUGUUUCAUAAGAACAUUAUAAAUGUUAUAUGCUAUAAACAUGACUGGUUGUUAUCAUCAACUAUAUUGGGAUAAUGAUAAUUUGUAUUUCAAUGUUAUAUUAUCGUAUUAUACUGCAAAUUAGUAUUCUAACAAGUAGUAUCGUAUACGUGAAGUGCUACUUAUACGAAUAGAUGAUUGACUUACUCUAUUUGGUUGAACUGAGCUACCAUUUAUUACUAAAUUAAACUAAGCUAUUUGUUUGUGGUUGUUUCAUUAUUUUGUCAAAAAUAUAUAGUGACAUAAACAUACUUGAGAAAUUGUUGAUA